GGGCCAGAGACCAAAGUAGAGACUAGAGAGAUAUCAGGCAUGUGCAGGCCUCGUGAUCACGACGGAAGGGACGCAACGCAAUGAGGCUGAAGCUGAAGCAGUAGGCGCACAGUGACUCAGAGAGAGAGAGAGUAGACGACAUGGAGAAGAAGAGCAGAGUAUUGAUAAUUGGAACGACAGGUCGUUUGGGCCACCAUUUGGCCGAAGCCAGUCUCCGUUUUUCCCACCCAACCUUCGCUCUCGUCCGAGACUCCUCCUUCUCCCAUCCUCUCAAGUCUCAGAACCUUCAAUCCCUCUCCAAUGCCGGAGCCACUCUUCUCAGAGGUUCGCUGCAAGAAGAAGCGAGCCUUAUUGAAGCUCUGAAGCAAGUGGACGUGGUAAUCUGUGCUAUUUCAUCGACUCAGGUCCUGGAUCAGAAGCUUCUCAUCCGAGCUAUCAAACAAGUUGGAUGCAUCAAAAGGUUCAUUCCCUCAGAAUUUGGGUUGGACCCAGAUAAGGUACAAAUAUCAGGGAUGGAUUACAACUUCUAUUCUCGAAAAGCUGAAAUUAGACGUUUGGUGGAAGAGCAAGGCAUUCCAUAUACAUUUGUAUCCUGCAACUUCUUUAUGAGCUAUUUACUUCCUUCACUUGUUCAGCCUGGUCUAACCUCUCCUCCGAGGGAUAAAGUCACCAUCUUUGGCCAUGGAAACACUAAAGGUGUAUUUGUACAAGAAAAAGAUAUUGCUUCCUUCACUAUCAGAACAGUGGAUGAUCCGCGAACAUUGAAUAAAGUGUUGUAUUUGAGACCUCCUGGAAAUGUAUACUCCAUGAAUGAGCUGGUUGGGAUUUGGGAGGCUAAAAUUGCGAAAAUGCUUCAAAAGAUUUAUGUAUCAGAAGAGGAGCUUCUUAACAGGAUUACAGAGACUCCAUAUCCUGGGAAUCGGGAUAUGAUUUUCAUAUAUUCUGCUUUCAUAAAGGGUGACCAAACAUACUUCGACAUUGGGGCAUCCGGUGGUGUAGACGGGACGAAACUGUAUCCAGAUGUGAAUUAUACUACAAUUAGUGAGUAUUUAGAUGCCUUAUUGUAGGACUUUUUAAUUGAUCUUCUCAAUACGUUGUUGUAGAAUUGAAAUAGGACUUUUUAAUUGAUCUUCUCAAUACGAUGUUGUAGAAUUGAAAUGGACUGGUCAAUGAGACCUUUUUUCCCUUAAAAACCAGAAAAAAAAAGUUUCUUUUCCAAUUUUCUAA